AUGUUAUCAUCAUCACCAUUGUCUAAUGUAAUUUUAUUUCAAUCUAAUCCUAAAUUUUCAUUCCAUACAUCAAAUACUCCAUCAUAUUCAUCAUCUAUGUCAAACUCAAUAAAUAAAACUCAAUCUCGUAAACGUAAACUACCAACAAAUGAUUCCUCUUUAUUUCUUGCAUCUUCAAUACCGGCAAAACGAUCAACUCCUAUAACCAUGUUGUUUCCAAAUAUGAUAUCGUCUAACGAUUCAAUUGUACUGCUUGCUAAUAAUAGUAAAUUAAUUCAAACCGAUCCAAUACAUUCAUUUUCAUCAUUCACAACAUAUAGUCAUCAAUAUGAUAUUGAAAAAGAAAAAUUAAUAGCACAAAUAAAUGAAUUACAUCGUGUUAAACCAGAUAUUCAACGUCAACAUCAAUCAACAGCUGAAGCAAUAAAACGUUGCUUAAAUAUAACUCGUACACUACUUGUUGAUAAAUCUCAACUUGAAAAAAAACAAGCACGAGAAAAAGCUAUGGAAAAUCGUUUACGUCUUGGUCAAUUUAUAACACAACGGCAAGGUACAUCUUUUGUUGAACAAUGGAUUGAUGGAACUAUUUUUUUGGAAAAACAACGUGCACAGGAACAAUUAAUAGGAACUAAAGAAAAUCUUGAUAAAGAACGAAAAAUUCUAACAAAAAAGAAAACAUUUAUACUACAACAAGAAUUAAGGAUGACAAUGAUGAUCGGUGAAACAAAUAUUAGUAAUAGUAAUUUCAAUUUUCAAGAUAUGUUUAAUUCAAAUUAUGCCGUACAAAAGAAAUUGAAACGAAUAAAAACAAAUUCAACUAAUAAAUCAUUGACUAGUCAACAGGAAUCUACACUACUCAAUGGAAAAUUAAAUAAUGGAUCUUUAAUAAGUUCAUCAUAUCAUCAAUCACAAUUAUUUCCUGAUAAUUCAAAUGACAAUUAUUGGUCAUUUCCUAUUGAUGCUAAUCCUCUGAAUGAUAGUAGUAGUUCUUCAUCUUCGUCUUCAUCUCUUAUUUCAAAUUCUUCAUCAUCACUGAUGACAUUAAAAGAUUGGUUUGAAUAUGAUGAAAUUCUUCGUCUUCGACAAUCAACAUGGAAACGUGAAGAAUGUGAUUUAGCUCAAGAUUUAGAAAAACUUGAUCGUGAAAGAACUAUUCAUAUACGAGAAUUAAAACGAUUAUAUAAUGAAGAUCAUUCAAAAUUUAAUCAAAAUAACAUUCUUAAUGAUCGUUAUUUACUUUUAACACUUAUUGGUAAAGGUGGUUUUAGUGAAGUACAUCGUGCAUUUGAUUUAUGUGAACAACGUUAUGUUGCUUGUAAAAUUCAUCAAUUAAAUAAAGAAUGGAAAGAUGAAAAAAAAGUUAAUUAUAUAAAACAUGCUCUGCGAGAAUAUAAUAUACAUAAAAAUCUCGAACAUAAACGUAUUGUUAAAUUAUUGGAUGUAUUUGAAAUUGAUACAGAUUCAUUUUGUACAGUUUUAGAGUAUUGUGAUGGAAAAGAUUUAGAUUUUUUUCUUAAACAAAAUAAAACAAUUCCAGAAAAAGAAGCCCGUUUAAUUAUUAUGCAAAUAGUUAAUGCACUUAAAUAUCUUAAUUCAGAAAUAAAACCACCUGUGAUUCAUUAUGAUUUAAAACCAGGUAAUGUUCUUAUGGGAACAGGAAAUAAUAGUGGUGAAAUCAAAAUAACUGAUUUUGGUUUAUCUAAACAAAUGUUUGAAGAUACAUUUGAUGAGGAUGGAAUGGAUCUUUCAUCUCAAGGUGCUGGUACCUAUUGGUAUUUACCACCAGAAGUAUUUGUUCAAGGUUCAAAUCCACCUAAAAUUUCUUCGAAAGUUGAUGUUUGGAGUGUGGGUUGUAUUUUUUAUCAAUGUUUGUAUGGUCGAAAACCUUUUGGUCAUAAUUUAUCUCAAGCAGCUAUAUUAGAAAACCAAACAAUUUUAAAUGCGAAAGAAAUUCAAUUUCCAAAUCGACCUCAAAUAUCAAAUGAAGCAAAACUAUUUAUUCGUCGAUGUUUAGCCUAUCAAGUACGCCAUCGGCCAGAUGUUUUACAAUUGAGUGAAGAUGACUAUUUAAAAUCUUAUUCCAGACGUACCACAUUGACGCUUUCGUCGCCAUUUUCUUGUCGUAAAUAA